UGUCCAUCCUCCUCGCCCUCUAAAACAUGGCCACCGCAGGCCGCACCCAGACCGUGCAUGGCGGCGACCCACAAAACCUCGUGGAAAAGGUCAUCCGCGCGCGCAUCUACGACUCGACGUACUGGAAAGAACACUGCUACACGCUGAAUGCCGAGACGCUCAUUGACAAAGCGAUCGCACUGCACGCCAUCGGCGGCGUGUACGAGCGCCAGACGCCUACGCCGUUCAUGUGCCUCCUCCUGCGCCUGCUGCAGCUGCAGCCCGAAAACGAGAUUCUGUUCGAGUACCUCCUCGCCGAGGAGUUCAAGUAUCUGCGCGCCCUCGCGGUCAUGUACAUCCGCCUGACGUUCCGGAGCAUGGAGGUGUACGAGAUCCUCGAGCCGCUGAUGAAGGACUACCGGAAGCUGCGGUAUCGGCAGGUCGGCGGGUAUACGCUCACGACGUUUGACGAAUUCAUCGACGAGCUCUUGACGCAGGACCGCGUGUGCGACAUCAUCCUCCCGCGGCUGACGCAGCGCGCCGUUCUCGAGGAGACGGAGGGGCUGGCGCCGCGCAAGUCGCUCCUCGAGGACGAGGAGGAGCGGGGGCGGCGCGCGAUGGCGACGCCCUCGGACGGGGGGUCGCGCGAGAGCUCGCCCGAUCUGCGACGGCGCAGCCGCAGCGCCUCGUCAGGCUCAAGCCGGAGCCGCUUCGUCUCGCGCUCGCCCAGCCGCAGCGACUCGGAGGACGAAGGCGAGGUCGGCGACACGCGGCGAUUCGUGUCCCGCUCGCCCAGUCUGUCGCCCGACCGCGAGAUGGCCAUGCAGGGGGACAAGAUCGAGGGCGACGUGUAGAUUCGGGUAUAGACAUGCAUAGCUGUAUCACUGUC